AGUGUAAACUCUCAUACCGUCCAAACUAGGGUCGGCGGUCUAGAAAUGACAUGGCUGCGAUUGUGAAAGAUGCUGGUGAAAUUUGGACUCGCCUCUUCGACCACAGACCAUAUUUAAGUGGAGAAAUAAAGUUUUUCCUACGUGAGUUUGAGGAGAAACGUCAAGACCGUGAAGUAGAACGACUUUUUAUUGUUUUAGAGAGAGUAACAGAGAUUCGUGACUCUCAAGUAGAUCGACUGAAGCAGAGUGGUGAGACCUCGCUGCCCAUCCUCAACACCAAUUUAGAUGCUGCUCUUAAUAUGUGCAACCGUAUGAUAAAAAGUGAAGAAGAACACUUAGCUGAUAACAGUUUAGAGGCAAAACGGGCCUUGAGGAAGGCUGACUGGGAAAAUUUCAUCUCUGAUAUGGCUGGACGCUGUUCCAAAGUAGAUUCUACAUUCCAAGAAAAGGAAGGCGAACUCCGAGAGUUUUAUCAAGAUCUGGAGGCUAAACUGUACAUUGUUAAGUGAAAGCUAAUCAGAAUUAGCUUCAAAACACAAUUUAAAAAUGGCAGAAAGCAGUGUGAUUAAAAUUGCUCCUUCAGAAAAGUUGAAGGAAUUUAUUCAACAGCACUUAGCUGAUAUUGAUGACACACCAGAGAGAAUUAAA